AUGGUGUUCCAGCAUGACUUUCUAUUUUCAGUAGCUAUUUCUGGAGAGUACAGCGACUUUACACUGGUUUGUAACGAUCGUGAAUACAAGCUGCAUCAAGUGAUUGUGUGCCCACAGUCAUCGGUAAUAUCGGCUGCUCUCUCUGGUGGAUUUCAGGAAGCUACAACGAAAAUUCUCACUGUGAACGAGUUCGAUAUCAGUACCGUCCAAUACAUGAUAGCGUUUCUCUAUGCAGGAGAGUACCAAAUCCAUUCUAAAAGGGCGAAAAAAUCCACUUCCGACGAUGCACACAACCAGGACGACACAGAUGAAGCGUCGCAGUAUUCUAUAAAACAACCUGAAGAUGAAACUGUCGAUGAUCUGAUCUCUCAUCUACGCGUCAACGCAAUUGCCGACUACUAUAAUAUUCAAAAGUUGGCUCAACUCGCAACCUCAAAGAUUCAAGCCAUCCUGGACAAAGGUCAAAGCGCCGAGGUAUUUCCACAAAUUAUUCAAGAAGUGUCAACUUCAAACAGAGAUCCUGACAUCGACUCAAUUAUCGCUUCAGCCGCGGUUGCACAUAUUGAGGAACUCUGCGAGUUGGAAGCCUUUCAGGACAUGGAGUUCGACGACGACCUCACUGUGGAAAUGUUUCGUGCUUGUGCCAAAAGGAUAAAUGCACUUGAACGUCGUUUGGACGAUGCGCAUCAGAAUGUUGUGACAUACCAGGAACUUCGAGACGACGAAAAAAAAGCGAAAGAAUUCGUCAUCGAGCAAAUGGACAAGUCUAUGGACUUGCUAGGCGAAACGGACGGAUGCCGAAAUUGCAAUGAAAACUUUGGCUGUUACUUUGAGAAAAGGGGUCCGGAGUGGCAACCUUUUUAUCUCUUACGCUGCCAAAAUUGUCGCUGUCGACAUAAGGUCCCCGAUGAAAGCUCUUAA